UAUUGGCCAGAAGCAUCCAGAAGCCACUGAACUAUUAGACCAUGGGGCAAGCCUCUUUGGCGACCUUCUAUGUGGUCUUCGCCAUCUUUACCAUCUACCUCAAUCUGGAAUCCAUCGGCACUUGGGAUGCCAAUGCGAUCUACCGGACCAUUUCAAAAGCAAUCUCUGAGAACCCUUUCUCGCUGGAGAAUCUGAACACCACCAGAUUCCUUGACGAAGUGCAAGAUCCUGAGCAGGUGUAUGAUUGGAUGAGGGACGCCUUCAGGCCGGUGUUGUUCGGCGAACAAGAAGACAUGUCAGUGCAUGCUUCGUGGCAAAACAUGUCGUCAUGGACACACAACAAGACUCCUCCCACAAUUGGCAGCUUCAAUCGGAUCCUCCUCGUUCGUUUCACUUUCAAGCGCUGGGCCGUGCAGCCGACCAUUGGUCAGUUUCAGCCCUCCACUCCCUACCGACUGGCCGGCGGAGUGAGUAGGCUCGAUGCCUUCAGCCAAAACGCCGCAGAGGAUAAAACCACGCUCUGCGUUCCUGGGACUGGCAGCUCGGAGGAAGCUCAAGAAGCUGGUUGUUUCCAGUGGGAAACCGGAAGCAGUUUCGAUCGAGUUGGAGGCUUUACCUCUUUCUUCGAUCCCAUGUGGGGAAGCGAUGCCUAUGAUGCUUUGCUGCAAAGAAUGAAGCAAGCGGGGUUAUUUGAUAUGCGAAUGGGCACUUGUACUGUUGAUAUGAUUGUGUACAAUGCAAAUGUCGAGAUGUUCUUGCAAUAUGUGCAAAGCUUCGCCUUUGACUUCUCGGGUCAUGGGGAGUCCUCCAAUGAUGCACGGAGCUUCAACUUGAAUGUCUUCAACACCUCUGUGACCAAAUACUUGAUCUUCUACAUUAUCCGAGUGACCUGUGUUGUGAUGCUGAUAAUCUUCCUGCUUCUGGAGUUCCGACGCAUUUGGGAUCUGGGCUUCUUCGCCCAUUUCAGGCAGCAAGGGGCAAUCACAGAUAUGGUGUCCAUCACGGUGUCUCUGGGCGUUUUCCUCUCAUACUGGAUCAUUGAGCAAAUGCAGCCCUUCAGAAGUUUUAACUUCGCAGACUUGCAGAAUUCCAGCACCAUGGCAGCUACAUAUGUGUCCUUGUGCGAUGUGGCCAGAUCUCUUCAGAUUCAAGGGCUCUUCAUCGCUGCCAAUCUUCUAGUGGUGAGUCUGCGCACGGUGAGCCUGGUGUCUGGAUUGCACAGUAACCUUGGCUUGAUUUUGAAGGUGAUACAUGUCUCAGGACCGAAUUUCAUCGCAUUUCUGGCCUUGUUUGGCAUGCUUCAGAUCGGCUUCGUUCUCACCAGCUUCUUUGCAUUUGGACCAGGGUAUUCAGAGAUGAGUGACAUUGGUCUUUGCAUCUACAAGAGCUUCUCCAUGCUCAGUGGUGACAUGAUCUUUGACAAAAUCACCCGUGUGGAUCCCAUUUUGGGGCCGAUCUACUUUUUCUCCUUCUACAUUUUGUUCUUUCUUGUCCUGAUCAACAUCUUUGUGACACUUUUGAUGAGUGGCUAUGACAUUGUAGACUACGAGCUCCACAAGAAGGGCCAGAACGAAGUUGAGAAGAAUCCGAUCAUCCUGAUCUUUGAGGAGUUGAAGGCUGAUGUGGUUGGGAAUAUCUUGAAGUAUGGCUCUACUUUGAUGAAGUACAUUCGCGUUUGUGUCGACCCCAUCGUGGUCUCCAUCAAGGCCUGCUGCUGCAUCUCGGCUCCGCCCGCGCUGACCUUCUUUUCAAGCCGAGCGCUGACCAGGGGUACAGCACAGGCCGAGAGGCAGAGCACACAGGUGCAGCAGCAAGGUGCUCAGGAUCCAGAUCAAUUGAGGCAGAAUCUGAUUGCAUUCACAACGAUGGUUGCCUUCAUGGCCGUGUGGAUUUGCUUGAUGACAUUACAGGGCCGCGGCUCAGACUCCUACUUCACUGGGCAAACAACCCUGUCAGAAAGCGCUCUUGAGGUGAUGUUCUACAAGAAUGAUACCAUUCGGAACUUUGACCAAAUCCAUUCCUUCUCUGACGUGAAAACUUGGGCCGACACUGCCAUUGUUGGACUGUACAGCAAUCCAACCUGUGCAGAGAGCACCACAAGUGGCAGCAUGUGGAAUGCUAGCCCUAGCUGUGCCAACUCCAACAAUUCUCAACAGCUCUUGAAUCGCAUUGGAGGCUGGAACGUUGGCUUCUUGAACACAACCUUUGUACGCUUGACCAUCCAGCCAGCCUGCUUCGUCGCGACGGAGUCCAAAUGGGCUUCGGGCUUGCCAACCCUGCGAAAGACCCCCGAUGUGAGUUGUUGGAACUCCGUGUGCACCGAUGUGUUUUCCUCUGAGUCCUGUAGAAGUGCUGAUGGCGACGUGGUCAACGCCCAAAGUUUGUCGAAUGCCAUCAACUCUUCGCUCUUGCCGGAGACAUUCAGCUUUGGAUACGAUGCACCAGGCACUGGUCUUGGGCCUUUCAAAAUGCUUGGCGGUCUUUCAUUGAGCUUGGGUGUGACCAAGGAGCAGUGUGAAGAUGUGUUGGCGUUGCUAGAUGCAAGCAGAUGGUUCACUGAAAACAGUGCCUCAAUCGUCUUUGAUUGGCUCACCUACAAUGGUAACAUGGACUUGUUCACCCACAGCAUCGUCGCCUUCAGCCUGCUGGAGACGGGAGUCAUGCGCCGAUCGGCUGAAUCACGCACCUUCCCCAUGAACGUGGACACUGGUGGUGGGUAUUUUGACCUUCAAACCCUGGUGCUGGUGUUGUUUGGCUUAUAUGUGGCACUCCUACUGUAUCACAUCAUUGACAUGAUCAGGCACGUGGCAGGAGAGUUGGCAGCCUCACGUCGCAGGCAGCAGCCCUUGAGGAAGUUCUUUGUAGACUAUUGGUCUGAGGGAUGGAAUGUCAUUGAAACGUUGUCUCUCUUGAUUUCCUUGGCGACGGUCAUCUCCUUCCUGGUCUUUGUGCUGAAUGGCUUCCGGACCGACUACCGCUUUAGCACCGAUGACACCAAGAAGUAUGUGGUGCCCAAUGAGCAAGUGAAGCUCUACAAUAUGCAGCAGGUCGUAGAUCCUUCACGAAACCAAGAGGAUGACUGGUACUUCUUCAGGCAAUUCGAGAUCAUCCAAGGCACUUAUGGUGUGUUCUUGGAAUUUGCAGCUUUGAACAGCCUUUUCAUAGCGUUGAAGACUGUCAAGAUUGUGAACCGCUUCAAGAUCGUGAGCAAGUUCAGCAACACGUUGGCCAAUGGCAAGACUCGUAAUUUGUACUUCAUCAUUGUCAUCAACUUGCAAAUGGCCGGCUUUGCUCUGGCCAUGACGGUGGUGUUCGGUACAAUGGUGCAGGAGUUUAGCAGCCCUCUGUCCACGAUGGGAGCAUUGCUCUACUGGGUCUGUGGUUCAUCUGAUUUGAGACCACUGAUGAGGGUGAGCCCCACCUUGGCAGUCCUUUUCUUUGUGGCCUUCAUGGUGGUCUUUCGUUUCAUCAGCACCAACAUGUUCUUAGCCACGCAGCUCAACACCUUUGCCGCUUUGGUGGGAGAGUCCGACAUCAAGGCAGCCAGGUUGGAAGCCAAUGCGAAGAUGGGCAUGAAGCAGGUGAGGUACCACGACAAGAAGGAGCUGCAAGCGGAGUUAGAGCUGGAGAGACAAAGUGAAGAUCAGGUGACGGUCAAGAGAGUCCUGAGACCUGGCCUAGCACUCCAAGCAAAUGUUCAGCCUGGGGAUGUGGUCUCAAAGGUCAACAAGCAGAAGGUGGAGUGGCAGAAUACUCUGGAUGAGGAGGAGUAUGAGCACAUUGAGAGGGCACUGGUGCCAGAACCAGAUGGGACCAUUACCCUCAUGUUCCAAGAUCCUCCAAGAAAGACCUUUUUGGCCAAGUUGAUGCAGUCCUGCAGUUGUAUGACCAAGAGACGUAAGGUGAAGCCGGGUCGAAAGAGUCAGCAUGAAGCCUAUGCCAAGCCACCUGCAAUGCGACCAACAGUGCACAACUUCUGGAGGUUUCAUGGUGCAGUUGCUGAGGUGGAAAAGGACUCUCAAAUCUAUCGCCCCCCCCGAGGAGGAGGUGGAGAGUGGCAGUGAUCGUGAAGACGAGGAACUUGAUGAUGUUCAGGAGGACGCGGAUCAAGCCAGAACGCAAAUCAAGAAAAGGCUGCAUGGCUAUCUCUUCUCCAGGUGGCCGGAGGGGAAGCCGACGAAGCGGACCCCUUCGAAGGGCAUCGUUUUGGAGGAUCUGGGCAGAGAUGACUCGCAACUCCUGGAGCAAGACAUCAUGCAGGACGGCUGGGAUGUGGAUGAGCUUGCGGAAGUUUUAGAGCACAUGCAGAUCACUGGCCAAGAGGUUUGGUUAGAUUGCCUGCUCCUGGCGUUGGAGGAAGAGGUCGUUGAGGAGUCUCCAGUCGUAGAGGUCCUUCGCACAACAGGCUUGGCAGAGGUCGCCAGAGACAAACUGAAAGGUCCAGCUCGGGAAAAGCUGCUGAGGUUCUAUCGACGUUUGGAUCAAGUCCUGCGCAUUCUAGAGAACAAGGCCUACAAGCGGUACUUCCAGAAUUUGCAGCAAGAGAGUGAACAACGGCA